AUGAAAUUCUCAUUGCUUUCAGUGCUCAUUUUGGCACUUGUCCAUUUAUCUCUUUUCACAUCAACAUCUUUUGCUGAGCAAUGUUCGGGUACUGGUCUUCAAUGUGCAGAUAUUUCUCAACCUUGUGAUCAAACAGAUCCAUUAAAUCCAUAUUCAGGAAGAUCAUGUAAAUAUGGAUCAUAUUGUGGUACCAAUACAAAUACUUGUCAAACUUUUAAAAAAGUUGGAGAGACAUGUGAUGUGGUUGGUGUUGAUUCUCAAUGUCUAUAUCCACUAGCAUGUAACAAUGGAACUUGUCAAGAGGUUGGAUACGCAGUUCUAGGAGAUGCUUGUUCUGGUAACAGUCAAUGUGUCUCACCAUUGGUCUGCACCAACAAUGUAUGUUCAUCGGAUAAAGCCAAUUGCACUAGCAACUAUGAAUGUGGGUACGACCAAUUCUGCUUUACUCAUCCAGUUUCCAAGGCUACUUGGUGUCUUCCACGUAUCGAGGAUGGUCAACUGUGCUCACAAAACUUUACAAAGAUCACCAAUGCAACUACUGGUGCAUCGACCAAUGUCACUGGUUACUUUACAUGUUCAGAGUAUUCGUCAUGCACUGUUCUCAAUCGAUCCAACAAGACCAUCAUGACAUGUGCACCAAGAUAUUCAGCCGGGUCGUUGGGUGUGUGUGCCGCCGACAAGUUUGGUGUCGACUAUAACUGCAACACCGAGGCUGGUUUGCUAUGCUACAAGAGCACAUGUGUCAACUCGACCGGUGAGUUGACAUCGCCUACACUCAUGUGUAACUCGACGUACACACGAGUAUGUGGAGACAACUAUGAAGUAUGUUCGUGUGGUCAAAAGGGAGUUGGACAGUGUCUGCAAAGCGAGUUGCGAUCCACCGAAGCAUUCUCAUUGUGCGGACAGGCCAAGAAGAAGCUCACCGCGUGUGCCUCAGCACACCGAUGCACCUAUUCCGCCAACCCAAGCAAAUCAUCGUGUAUGAUUACCAAUUGCUCGACCCAAUUCUGUGACAAAUAUUCAUUGUGCGAUGUCAAGGGACCAGGGACCAUCAAUCCAUGCUCUGGCCUCUACCCACAACAAAAUGCACUAUGUCUCGAUCUCGGUUACACUGGUUACAAUUCAUCCAACUAUAAUCAUCCAUCUGACAAUAGCAACAGCCAUUCAUCUGCUACUAUUACAUUGCCAUCAUCAUUCAUCAAGAUGAUGACUACUACCAUUCUUUUCACUGUAUCAUUAACAACCCUUGUAUUAUUUUAA